AUGGACCAACACAGUGAUAUUCGUCGUAGCGCUUACAAGGAACGUAGUCGCUUCAAGCCCGAAGAAGUGAGACGUAGACGUGAGAAUGCUCAAGUAGAGAUUAGAAAGCAAAAAAAAGAAGAGAAUUUGGCCAAGAGAAGAAAUUUCAACGCGCAAGCAUUAGCAGAGGACUCUGAUGAUGAUCUUGAUAGUGCCAAUCAAGAUGCUCAGCUCAUGUCUGAUUUACCCUUGAUGGUCCAAAAUUUGUAUACCAAUGAUCCAGCUAUUCAAUUGCAAGCAACAUCUCAAUUCAGAAAGCUUUUAUCAAAGGAAAAGAACCCUCCCAUCAGAGAAGUCAUUCAAUGUGGUGUCGUGCCUCGCUUUGUAGAGUUUUUGCAAUCUCCAGAUAGCCAAGUUCAAUUUGAAGCUGCUUGGGCCUUGACCAAUAUUGCAUCUGGUUCAGCUGAUCAAACUGAGGUUGUCAUUAACGCAGGAGCCGUACCUUACUUUAUUGAAUUAUUGAGUAGUCCAGUAGUGGAUGUCAAGGAACAGGCUGUGUGGGCUCUUGGUAACAUUGCAGGUGAUAGUCCCAAGUGUCGUGAUUAUGUCUUGGAGACUGGUGCCCUUCCUCCUUUAUUAGCCAUCUUUGAAGACAACUCCAAACUAUCCAUGAUCCGCAACGCCACUUGGACCUUAUCCAACUUUUGUAGAGGCAAGAACCCUCAGCCCAGUUGGCGAUUGAUUGCACCUGCAUUGAACGUGCUGGCCAAGUUGAUCAACUCGACUGACGAAGAAGUGCUUAUUGAUACCUGCUGGGCUAUCUCUUAUUUAUCUGAUGGACCCAAUGAUCGCAUUCAAGCAGUGAUUGAAUCUGGACUGUGCAGCCGUCUUGUGGAGCUGUUGGGACAUCCAGCCACCACAGUACAAACACCCGCACUUCGAUCUGUUGGUAACAUUGUGACAGGAGAUGAUGCGCAAACGCAAAUGGUGAUCAACUGUGGAGCACUCGAUGCAUUAUUACACCUGUUGAGUAGUCCCAAGGAAACGAUCCGUAAGGAGACAUGUUGGACAUUAUCAAACAUCACAGCCGGUAAUACAAAUCAGAUCCAAGCCAUCAUUGAUCAUGGAUUAGUUGCACCCUUGAUUUCAGUGCUCGUUCACGGCGACAUCAAAUCCAGAAAGGAAGCAUGCUGGGCUAUUUGCAAUGCAACAUCAGGUGGAUUGAACAAGCCCGAUCAAAUCAAGUUCUUGGUUGGCCAAGGAUGCAUCAAACCAUUGUGCGAUAUCUUAGCAUCCAUGGACAACAAGAUCAUCCUGGUUGCAUUAGACGGACUAGACAACAUCCUCAAAGUGGGAGACAUGGAAAAGCUGAACACGAUGGAUGGCUUGAACCCUUACUCCUUGAUGAUUGAAGAAUGCGGUGGUGUCGAGUACAUUCAUGCUUUGCAACAUCACGACAAUAACGAUAUCUACAAGAAGGCCUAUCAGCUGAUUGACAAAUACUUUAGCGAGGCGGAUGAUGAGCAAGACACUGAAAUGGCACCUGAUACUGAAAAUGGCCAAUUUACGUUUCACCAAGAUGUUGUUCCUCAAGGUGGUUUUAAUUUUUAA